CGUUAUAAUCUCGAAUUAUUUAGGCUACUAGUUGACAUUAUUAGUUACCUUGUCUACUUUACGAUCCGCUUGCAGUUUUGCUUGGUGAUUUAUUUAGCAGACUGGUCACAUUAUCAGUUAUCAUGAUGUUAUUAUUACAUGUUGCUAUCUGAACUAAACUUCUUUAAUGGUGGUUAAAUAGCUUGCUUGCCAGUUAACGGGCUUUAAUAAAUUAUUUCUUCAAAGGAACAUUUGCUAAAUUGUAUACAGCUGUGUGGCAGGAAAACAAUCAAUUUGCAAUCACAAUCUAUGUUAGCUACUCAUCGCAACCAGAGGUUUCAUAAAACAGCAAGAGCACUAUGGGCUCAAAAUAUUGGUGAAAAAUUACUAAUGAAUAGCGUAUAGUAGUUUAUUCGUAAUUAAGUGAGUUAUGAACUAUGAAUUCAUAAGCAGCAUAUGAAACCAAGCAACAUGAGGAAAAUAAAUUAUUUCGAAACACCACUUACGGAAAACAAAACUAAAUGACCCAACAAGUGGCCUGUAACGUGCCACGCACACGCACUCGGAAAAUCUUCCUUAGGACAGCCAGUGUAAUUCAACUGCCCAGUUUAACGAGUCUCUGAAAUGACGUUUCAGUUCCACACAGACCCCCACCGUAUUCAUUUUAUAGCCAGUCCCUGACAUAUAAAAGGUUAAAUGUCCUGUACUCGUUGCAGAAUCUGUAUUUUGGAAGAGGAGAACACUAUUAAUCCACGAAUUUUGGAGAGAAAAUGCUUUACGAUGUGUGAAAUGGACAAUUUCUCAGAGACAGCGUAUUCGGGCAGCUGCCCCUGGAAGCAGAACUCGAACAGCGUCAGCCGUGAGGGAACUGCUUGUAUGAGAUAUUUGCGUCUGUCCCUGCAAUGUCAGACAGCAGCCAGAGCGCUGGAGGCUAGAGAGUCGACUGGGGGCCCUUUAUCACGUAUGACACGAGGGACAGAUUCUGGCACUUAUGGCGGACACUUGGAAGGUCAGAGGUGGGCAGGAGAAGGGCGGGUCUGGGCUGGCACCCCGGGGGCCGUACAUCGCAGUCAUCACGAACCGGACUGUGAACCUGCUCAUCCGCGGUGUCAUGCUGUUCUCUGUUGGGGUCUUCCUGGCUCUGGUGCUCAACCUGCUGCAGGUGCAGAGGAAUGUCACCCUCUUCCCACCUGACGUCAUUGCCAGCAUCUUCUCCUCCGCCUGGUGGAUGCCGCCCUGCUGUGGCACAGCUGCAGCAAUGAUUGGCCUGUUGUACCCCUGCAUUGACAGCCGCCUGGGCGAGCCCCACAAGUUCAAGCGGGAGUGGUCUAGCGUGAUGCGCUGCGUCGCCGUCUUCGUGGGCAUUAACCAUGCCAGCGCCAAGGUGGAUUUUGCAAAUAACGUCCAGCUCUCCCUGACCCUUGCCGCCUUGUCCGUCGGGCUAUGGUGGACAUUUGAUCGCUCGCGCAGUGGGUUUGGACUGGGGGUGGCCAUCGCUUUCCUUGCAACCCUUACCACACAACUGCUGGUGUACAAUGGAGUUUUUCAGUAUACUUCUCCAGACUUUCUCUACAUCCGCUCCUGGUUACCUUGUAUCUUCUUUGCUGGAGUGAUAACAAUGGGAAACAUAGGGCGCCAGCUCGCCAUGUACGAAUGCAAGGUUGUCCAAGAGAAGACUCAUCAAGACUGAUAAAGCUGACAAUGUCAUUCAGUUGAAUUUCGACUAUGUACAUGCCAAGUUGAAAAUGUGAAUGUACAGUAUAUUUGGUUCAAUUGAAAGGUGAAAUUGCAGGAACUGCAGUUUAUUUUGUGUUUGUGUGCGUGCAGCAACUAUGAUGCAAUCUGUGAUUGCAGCUUUAAAGGAAUAAAAUUGUGUAGCGUCUCUGUCAGAAACAUAACCUUAGUACCAGGGUUCUGAGACUUUUGGCUAUUUGGUGCCAAACUGAUGUUCACCGGAAAUCCAUGUCUUUUUUAUAACCUAACAUGGAGUUUAUGUAGAUUUGUGUCCUCUGUUAAUAGGAUAUAUCUGUUGCUUGAUGUACUGCUAUGUAGAACAAUGUUAGUCUUCAUUCGCUGAAUAUAUGAAUAUAUUGGGUUUUUUUUCACUGUGUUAAAGGGGAAGAUAAUUGUGUUAUACUAGAUGGUGUUCACCUGGUACAAGCACAAAGCAAUACAUUUAACCUCUAACAUAUACCUUAUUUGGGUAUAUGGCUGUCAGGUUUUGUGGUGUUCUGGACGUUGCAGAUCAGGGUCGUAUUUAACAACCUCAUGUUAAAAUGCUGCCACAUGUUGAUACUUCUUUGCAUCUGGCAGAUAUGAACAGUGUUAAAUGCAAUAUUGUCAAAAAAGUCGCAUCACCUUUGGUCCUUACAGCCUGUUGUCUGCAGAGUUUCCUGCCUUUGAUUAGAUAACCUCACCACAUGAGGGAAGGGAGGAA